AUGGCAAUUGUCCGAGCAGUAGCGGUCUACACUUCCUUGCUUGUGGCCGCGUUUGAUUUUGGAACAACAUACAGUGGCUAUGCAUUUUCUUUCCGGAGCGAUAAACCAACGGACAUACGAGCAAGUCAAGACUGGAGUGGAUAUCCUGUGCCAAGCAAGACAGCAACUAGUGUACUUCUCAAUCCUAGUAAAGAGUUCGAUUCAUUUGGGUUCGAGGCUGAAAAUAAAUAUUUAGGUCUAACCGAGGAUGACGACCAUCAGGGCUGGCUUCUUUUUAGAAGAUUCAAGAUGAUUCUUCACAAUGAGAAGGACUUAACAAGAAAAACAACUGUAGAAGACAUAAAUGGUGUGUCAAUGCCUGCCAUGACUAUCUUUGCCAUGUCAAUUCGCUACCUUAGAAACCAUCUGUUAAAACGCCUGGAAAAAGAAGAGCCAUGGGUCAAAGAGAGUGAUAUCAAGUAUAUAUUGACAGUGCCUGCUAUAUGGAAAGAAAACGCCAAACAAUUCAUGCGUGAAGCAGCGGUUGAGGUAAUAGAUUUGCAUGUUUAUAAAAUAAAAAGAAGAGACAGAAAAAGAAGUGGCACUGGAGAUAUAUCAGUACAUGAAAAGCAAAUUAAUGGUUCAUUAAAAGAGAUACACAAGCCUAGUGGAGGACCGUUCGGUGGAACUCAAGUUGACGACAACUUCAUGAAUUGGCUUACUAAAUUAUUUGGUAACUCUACCAUGUAA